AUGAGUAAAGAUGAAUCCACACAUUCAUUCGAGUCUAGCCACCAUGUUGUUGAGAUCAUAAAAAAUAAAUUGCACAAUGGCAAAAAAAUAAAUCAAAUUCUGUUAUCAUCAAAUAUGAAUUAUGCCGUGACAUUGAGUGUGGAAGAUGAAUCUAUCUGUGAAUGGCAAUUUAAUAACGUUCUUUUCGAACCUCUCCAUUUAAUAAGUAUUGCGGAUCUUUUUGAGGAUAUUACUGAAGAACCAGAUAUUUCAUUAGAGGCUAUUGCAAACAAUAAACUUAUAGUAAUGAAAAGACCCCACGAAUUUAGUGAGUCAUUAUCAAUGAAAUUCAAUGAUAUUCCUACAAUGAAGAAAAUCCAAAUCCAAUUAUGUCCAGAUGUUUUAAAUGAAGAUCCGCAAUCUUGUGCCUUUACUAAUUAUGGUGAUUUAGCAGUUAAUGUGGCAGCAACAUUCUUUAACGAAUUUCAUGACACAAUUUUUAUGUUUUAUUCAAAAGACUUGCACGAUCACUGUUGGAUGAGUAAGAAAUCAAUCAAUUGUGGAAUACUAGGAGAAAUUAGAGCAUGUUAUUUAACCAGUAAUGAAAAACUAUUUAUUUUAGACCUUUGUGGUUUAUUAACACAAUGGAAUUUAAAUACCUUAAAAUUUGAAAAUCAAUAUCAGUUAGAAUGGAACAGGACUUGGAUGACUGACGCACUGCAAAAACAACUCUAUAUCUUUAAUAACAGUUUUACAUUGCUUGCUGUAUGUUUCCAAACUCCUGAUCAUUUAUUUAUCGCCGUUUACCUUACAGAAAAUGCAACCCUCUUAUCGCAGUGUAAGAAAAAAAAUUUGACUUAUUUGAACUUCAUUUCAUCUGAUGAAGGAGAAAGGAUUCUUUUAUUUUUUGAUACUAUAACUGAAAUAAGGGACCCUUACUAUCUUGACCACGUUAUAAAAGAACCAAAUCUAUGUGAAAAAUUUUCGGUUGAAUUAAAUAACAAAAUCGAUGUACAAAAAGCAGAUUUAUAUUUGAUUAAAAAUGAAAGGAUCUAUAGUGUAUUGGAAGAAUGUAUACUGGUUCAAGAAUUUUCUAAACAACAAUGGAUUAAAUUUUUACGAAGAAAAUUAGAGGAUUAUAAUGAAAUACGACCACUACUUAGCAAAUCUCAAAUUGAGAUUUUUUUGCAAGAAAUUUUGAGUGAAAAUAUUAGCAAAAAAGAUAAUGAAUUUAUAAAUAAUGAAUUUAAAGAUAAAGAAGUAGAGAAAACAUAUAACGGAUUUUUGGUAAAAUGGGAAGUAAAAACAAAAGACAGGGAGAGUUUUGUAUUACGGGCCUUUAAAAAAUGCAACUCGAACUUAGAACAAUGGGAUCAGGUGGGUGAAGAACGAGAAAUUCAUCCAGAGCAUCUAGAGCCAGGACAAUAUAAAUUUGUUUAUAGAUGCAAGUUACUAGACAAUGAAGAUUUGGCGAUGAUUACAGUUAUUGGCCUUUUGGUUUGGACAGUUUGGCAAAAAAAAGAAAUUAGACUGCGGUAUUAUAAGGGAUUUCCUUUUACAUCAAAAUAUUUAAAAGAUAAAGACUAUAAGAAUCGAUAUAUAACGGGCACCAUGAAGAAGGAAUCUGAAUAUGGACAAUCGAAAUUUAUUAUGAAGAAACCAUUCAUAACAAGACUUCUUAAAAAUAUACUUGAUCAUAGAGAAAAUCUAUUACCACCACCAGAUUUUGAUGCAAUCAUACCAUAUUACAAAGAAUUACGUAUGAACAAAAGUUACCCAUUUGAAGAAUUGCUGGAUGAUUAUAUUGAAGAUAAGAUAACACUGAUACUAUAUGGACACCAACUUUUGAGAAGCCUUUUGAAUAACAAAAGUUAUUCAAUGGCGGAGAAUUUGUAUAAACAAUGCAUGAAGAUAAAUAUCGAAGAAGAAAAAAUUAAUUUUUUAACAAAUAUCAAAUUAUUAGAGAUUAUUUCUUUUUCGCUUGUAGACUUAUCUCAAAAAUUCCCUGACAUUUUAAAAGAAUUUUUAUCGUAUACAUCAUUUACUAUUAUUCCAAGUGAAAGUGAAGAUCUUGUAAUCGGAAAUUUUUCUUCAUCACAUCUUCAAAAUCAUAGAAAAUAUUCACAACCUUUUAAAAUAUCUUUCAUCAAUAAUACAUUUAAUUUUUAUCAAAAAAUCAAAUUCCCAUCUCUUAAAUUCUUAACAAGCAGG